AUGCCGCUCAUCAAUUACCGCGUCAUCGAACCUCAUCCAUCCGUCCCCCAUACCAGCCGUCCUGCUCUGCACACGGCUCGCGGAGGCGCAGGCAACAUCAUCAGCUUGAAGAACACCAAGACUACCGACUCGCGCACCGCCACGGGUCCAGCAUCUCUGACUCGCCUGGACUCGCGCACUCCUACCACCUUCACCUCCGGCCGCGGCGGUGCCGGGAACGUCCACAGCAGCAGCGAGCGUGCCAUCUUCAGCUUCGAUGAGGAACUCGAGCGUGAAAUGCGCCGUGCUGCCCCCGUCUACCACGUUGGCCGUGGUGGCGCCGGAAACAUGAUCCACCGCGACAACGACAACGAGAGCUCCCUGAGCCGAAAGUUCUCUGCCAGCAGCGAGACCUCUGCCAAGAGCAACAUCUCCUCCACCAGCGACCGCGCGCGUGACAUGGCUCGCCGUGGCCUGGAAAAGGGCUGGGAGAAGAUCAAGGGCAUGGCAUAG